AUGAAUGAAGAUACCGAUAAUGUGACCUUUCCAACCGAAACUAUUCAAGCAGUGUUCAAAAACUCAUGGAAGGAAUCGAGCACCAAAGCCAACAAAGAUUCAAUACAACUUUCAUGCGAGUUUCUUCGGCUCUUCACUACCGAGGCUGUGCAUCGAGCGGCAGCUGAAACGGAUCGAAGCACUGACAAUGAAAGUAAACGGUUGAUGACUGAAAGCUUAGAACAAAUUUUACCUCAGCUGCUAUUAGAUUUUUGA